UGACCUUUCGUCACGAUUUGAUCCGGUCGAUAUAUAUGAGUACUCCGGGGGCGGGGUCGUGUCUGAUGUUGGUGGUGGUGUCGGGAUACGGGCCUUUUUCGUUUAAAGGCAGUCUGCAGCACAUCGCACAUCGAGAAAGCUGCCCGGUGUGGGGGGUUGUGGCGCGCACGAGUACAACCACCACCGACAUCGAAUGGAGGGACCAACAUGGCGAUGGCGAAUGGGACUUGAAGGAAUUGCCGAGCUGCUGAUGAUGCUAUGAUCGUCGUCUACGCUCCCUCCCUCCCUCUCCAGAUC